GGGGUACACACAGCUGCGACUUUCAUUGAAUCCACCAGGAUCAUGGUCAACAUCCCGAAGACGCGCAACACCUACUGCCGAAAGUGCAGGAAGCACACUCCCCACAAGGUGUCGCAGUACAAGACUGGCAAAGCUUCUUUGAGCGCACAGGGAAAGAGACGAUACGACAAGAAGCAGGCUGGCUUUGGAGGUCAGACCAAGCCAGUGUUCCACAAGAAGGCCAAGACCACCAAGAAGAUUGUCCUCAAGUUUGAGUGCACCAAGUGCAAGGCCAAGCGAAUGAAGCCUAUCAAGCGCACCGAGCACUUCGAGCUGGGAACUGACUCCAAGAAAGGUAAGAAUGAAUAUGGUGGCAAGUACCGCUGAGCGGCCUGAAGACUACAAGUUUGCGCAGAUGUGG